AACUGGACAGUACGGAUGGUGCCAAGGUUUUUAGUAAGCAACCAGGCAGAAUCCAGAGAGUGGCUCGAGGGUCAGGUGUCUCAACGAGAGAUGUCCAAGAACUUCUGACGCAGUAUACCAAGUUUGCACAGAUGGUAAAAAAGAUGGGCGGUAUCAAAGGACUUUUCAAAGGUGGUGAUAUGUCUAAGAAUGUGAGUCAGUCACAGAUGGCAAAGUUGAAUCAACAGAUGGCCAAAAUGAUGGAUCCACGAGUUCUUCAUCACAUGGGUGGCAUGGCGGGACUUCAGUCAAUGAUGAGGCAGUUUCAGCAAGGUGCUGCUGGCAAUAUGAAAGGCAUGAUGGGUUUCAACAACAUGUAAAGAAGAUGCCUUCAUAUAAACUGCCGUGGUUGAUUAUGUCAUCUGCAAGUGGGGGAGAAGAAUUUUCUGGCCUGUCUUGCUCUCAUUCUUUUGUCUCACCCUUUUCCUUUUGUCUUCCUUCUCUUCUUCUGACAUAAGGGAGGAGUGGCUGGUUUUUUCCAAAAGUCAUCAUAUUUCUGCUUUAAAUCUUCUGUUAGUUUCACUGUCAUAACACUUCUUAAGUUAAACAAAUCAUGAUGUAAAAUUUUAGUACAUAAAGGUUUUUAAUUGUCUCAAAAGCCAAGCAUUACAUUUAUAAACAGUCCCGAUCAGUAAAAUUACAUGAUAUUGAAGAAAAGUGCUGCAAAAUAAACUUCAAGUGAUAAGUUAAA